GACAUUUUGAGUUUGGCGUCACCCGGUAAACGCUGCCAGCCAAACUAUUAUUGAGAAUUGUUUUUAUUUUCGUGUUUAAUCGCAGGGAUAAUCAUUUCAGUAUAAGUAUUAAGUGAAAUUAUUAUAAAUAUGGAAGAAAAGUACGACAAAAAUGGCUACAACAGCAGUGAUUUCAAAAGAAACGCUGGCCAAGAUGGGUCAGGCGAACAUGAACAAGAUGGCGAAAUCAAAUUGAAUGAAAAAGCCGGCGAUUAUAUUCGGGAGUUGUUAAGCGAGAAGAUUAAACUGAACGCUGGAAAAUUCCCAGUGUCCUCGAAACUUAUUGACCAGGAAGUGGCAAAAGUACAAAGUACUGGCAGGAUACCUGCUAAAGAUCUGAAAUAUGUUGAUGUCUACAGGGAGAAACCUGUCAAAGUUGUUGUCAAAGUGCUUGUGCCUAUCAAGGAACACCCUAAGGUCAACUUCAUUGGCAAGUUGAUGGGACCCAAAGGCAACACUAUGAAGCAACUGCAAGAGGAGACCAUGUGCAAAAUGGCAGUGCUUGGUAGAGGGUCCAUGAGGGACAGACAAAAAGAAGAGGAGUUGCGGAAUUCCCUGGAUCCUAAACAUGCUCAUCUCUCAGAUGAACUCCAUGUGGAGAUAUCAGCUUUAGCCCCGCCAGCUGAAGCCCAUGCAAGAAUUGCAUAUGCACUGGCCGAGGUUAAGAAGUACCUCAUUCCGGAUCCCAACGACAUGAUGAGACCACCACCACCUCCGCACCACAUGCAUCGUGACAUUAUGGAAAGAGACGCACCCCCGCACGCGCCGCCCCGCCCCCCGCGCCCGCCGCCCGCGAGGAUGCCGCCCCAGGGCAUGCGACCGAUGCCGGCGAAGAACAAGGUGCUCAGCAUUCUCGACAGGGCUCGCUCGGCCAUGGAGACAUCCUACCCAUAUGAGGAGCCCUAUGCUGCGCCCGAACCGCCUGUGAGACAGGUACCGCGAGGCCCGCCGCGCGCCCCGGAGCCCGACUACUACAACUACGAGCGGGGCCAGGAGCGUUUCUACGAGGACGACAGCAGCUACUACAAGGAAGAGUCCCGCGACUACGCGAAGGUCUCGGCGCGCGAAGUGGGCACUCGCCGCCAGGGGGCCGGGGCGGGGCCUUCGCAUGCGCGCCAUUACGCCCGCGCGACGCCGUACCAGCGCGCGCCCAAGUAGUACCGCAACCGCCAGCCGCACCACAGAAGAAACGCUCUCAGUAAGUAUGUACUGGUGAUUCAUAAACAUCAUCUAAACCUGAACAUUUAACCAAACAAGCAUAAACAUGGAGACAAAAACUCAACAAAUGAAGACAAUUUAUUAUUAUAAAUAUAAGACAAGAUAUUUAAAAAAAAAAGCCAUUGGCUCAUGCCAGUAAAAUUCUGCACCUCUACAAUUACUAUAAAACGCAAACAAAAUAAUUAUGAAAAUUUGUAAUUUAUUUCACCAAGGCAAUUCUUACACAGAGCAUAAAAAUAUGAUUCUAAUAAUUUCUAAUCAAUAUAUGACUUAGAAAAGUAGUUAUUGUCAAGAACAAAAAUUAUUUUCAUUAAUAAUAAAACAUUCUGUAAUUUUAAGGUAAUUUUAAAAUGGAUUUUUAAAAGUAUCUAUCACUACAUGUUUAGUUUUAAAAUGGAAGAUAGAUUAUAAUAUUAAAGUUAGUUGCUAAAAUUAUGUAAAACUUUUAACUUAAACAGUUUCUUUACUUCGAAACUUAAAAUAUUAAUGUACUACAAAUUUGUGUGACUUAGAAUAAAUAAAGUUAAAAACAAA